GUCAGAGCCAGGUCGGAGCUCCUCGUAAUGCCAUAUUUUGGUUGUUGCGUAAUAAAUUCUUCAUAAUCGUAGGGCAACACAAAAGGGAUAACUGAAAACGAGUGAGUGAAAUAAGCUUGAUUAUGAUUCAUGCACCGUCUCUGCAAUAACUAUCUAAAGAAUUGGAGUUGCCUUCAGUUAAUUUCCAGUAUCGAAAAAUAUUUUGGUUUGAGAAAGACACAAUUUCCAUGGCCUAGACGAAGUUUAAUUUCGAACGACAUGACUACUUUGGAAUCUCUGAAAUUUGAUAAUGUAGCUCUGCAGUCCUUGCCUUUAGAUCCUGUAAAGGAAAAUUUUGUUCGUCAAGUCCCAAAUGCAUGUUUUUCUCUUGUGGAACCAACAGCCAUCAAGGAUCCUGAAAUGGUUGCCUACUCAAGUGCAUUGAGUUUGAUUGAUUUAGAUGAGGAUCAGGCGAAAAGACCAGAAUUCAUUGAUUUCUUUAGUGGUAACAAAAAGUUUCCUGGAUCGCAAACUGCAGCUCAUUGUUAUUGUGGUCAUCAAUUUGGUAGUUUUGCAGGACAACUUGGUGAUGGUGCAGCUAUAUCUUUGGGGGAAGUUGUAAAUAAGUCUGAGAAAAGAUGGGAAAUGCAAUUGAAAGGAGCUGGCAAAACACCAUUCUCAAGAAGUGCUGAUGGCAGAAAAGUCCUCAGAUCAAGUAUUCGUGAAUUUUUAUGCAGUGAGGCAAUGUACCAUCUUGGCAUUCCCACAACUAGAGCUGGAUGCUGCAUAACAUCAGACUCAAAGGUUAUCAGGGAUAUAUAUUACAAUGGAAAUCCAAUUUAUGAGAAGUGCACAGUGGUACUCAGACUUUCCCCAUCUUUUAUCAGAUUUGGAUCUUUUGAAAUUGUGAAACAUCUCGAUCCAUUAACUGGUCGACGAGGGCCCAGUGCUGGAAAUAAAAAGAUUUUGAUUCAAUUGUUGGACUAUGUUAUUAAGACAUUUUAUCCUCAUAUUGAAAUUGACUACGAUAAUAAUGCUGAGGAGCGUUACCUUGCAUUUUACAAAGAAGUUAUCAUAAGAACUGCUCAACUUGUUGCUGAAUGGCAGUGUGUUGGAUUUUGUCAUGGAGUUUUAAAUACAGACAAUAUGAGCAUUCUUGGUUUAACUAUUGAUUAUGGUCCAUUUGGAUUCAUGGAUCAUUUCAACGCCGAUUUUGUUUGCAAUAUGAGUGAUGAAAUGGGAAGAUACAGUUUCAAGGCUCAACCUGAAAUAUGCAAAUGGAACUUAAUGAAAUUAGCCGAGGCCCUGGCUGAUGUUUUACCACUGAACAAGUCACGAUCUCUUCUUGACGAUACGUAUGAUGAGGAGUUUAAUGCCUAUUAUCAUAGAAAGAUGCGUAAAAAACUUGGUUUAUUGAGGAAAGAGAUCGAAACUGAUGGGGUGUUGGUGAAGGAUUUGUUACGAGUUAUGGAAGAAACAGGAGCGGAUUUUACGAAUGUCUUCAGAUGUUUGUCAAAGAUCACGGUUGAUAUUAACACGAAAUGUAAGAGGGAUUAUGAUGAAGUGUUAAAGUAUAUUCUGACGCAGUGUCUUGAACCGUCUGAUCUUCCAAGCAAUCCUGGAAUGUCUGAGCAACUUCAAUUGUUAUUGCUAAUGAUGAGAAGCAAUCCUUCAUUGGCGUCGCAGUUUCAGGGAAAUACAUGGAUACAGGCUGAGAAAGAGAAGAUGGAAAAAGCCCAAAAAUUUCGAGAUAUAACUCCUCAAGAGAAACGCAAGAGAGAUGAGGGAUUGUGGCUUGAGUGGAUAGGAAAGUACAAGGAGCGAUUACAAAAGGAAUUUUCAGAAGAACCUGGAGACAUAAACGCGUUUAAUGCUGCUAGAGUUGAUGUUAUGAAUCAAAAUAAUCCUAGAUUCAUACUUAGAAACUAUAUAGCUGAGAACGCUAUCAAGGCUGCUGAAGAAGGCGACUACAGUUUAGUUAACCAUGUGUUGUCAAUCCUGGAAUCACCUUACUCUGAUAGUGUAAAUUCAAAAGUUAUUAUGCAAGAUAAUGGUUCUGCAUCAAGUAUAGUGGAGAAUGAAGGGAAAUGUGACCCUAUUCCUUUCACAUUCGAUGUGACAAUGAAAGAGCCGAAGCAAGAGAAAGACGUGUAUCUGUUACCACUCAACUCUAUACAGUUUGAAGAUGAAAUUAGCUAAGGCAUGGAAGAGCAGGUCCCGUGAUUUCUAAACAAGAGGGCGAAAGAUUUACUUGUCUUUCAAGAUGAAUAUUGAUUUGGUAAACUUAACCUCAAAGUAAUGUGGGUGUAAUCGUGUUUAAAUGGGGAAAAGUCUGCGAUUGAACUUUUCCAUUCACCAGAAUUGAAAAUAAUUAUUUAGGUAUGGAAAUACUAGACGAAAGCUGUUGGAGU